AUGGGAAUAACGCCGCCACAUCUCCAGUCGGCAUCGUUUAUGGUCGGAACUACGACGGCCCCGGGACACUCAGCUAAGAGCAUCAAGGGGGCGCCAAGAGGCAAGGGGCGGGGACGGGCUGUGGCUCGCCUCCCGGCGGACCGCCUGCCCUCUCCCAAGAUCCAGCAACUAAAGUUGCUGCAGAUUUUAACUGCAGCAACUUUAAUAUAUGCUAUUGGAGCUGGAAUUACCGCUGCUGCUGGCACUAGACUUGCCCUCCAAUGGAUCCUCGUUAAAGGAUUUAAAGUGGACUCAUUCCAAUUACAGGACCUCGAAAGAGUCCUGUAUUGUUAUUUUUGGUCACUACCUCCUCGGGUCGGGAGUGGUCGCGAGGAUGGGGCAGCAGGGCGGGCGACUGGGCGUGUGGGAGGGAGGGAGCAGCUCGGGGCGGUGGGAGGGGGGUGGUGGGGCGGCGAACCGGAUAUCCCAUACAUCCACACUACACAACACCCCCCGAUGGGCUCACCACUCCCGACCCUUCGCGCCCACGUGCCAGGAGGCAGACUGCCCGACCGGUGCGCGGCAGCCGCGAGGGACCGGUGGCCACUCGCGCGCGGCGGGCGCGGGGCGGCCCCGACGUUUGGGCAGCGAACGAGAGGCGGACCGCGGUGCCCGGGGUCUCACCGCCAGCGGCCUCCAAGCACCAAGGCGGCCCCGCGGCUCCCACACCACCGCCGCCAUCGCGGCCAGCACCGGGAACCCUCUUCCCUGCGCACGCUGCAGGCCGACCCCAAACCUUCCGGGCGCCCACCAGGCCCAUGCGGGGCACCGCCAACCUGGUCCCGAAGGCGCGCACCCGGGGACAUGGACAACGAGCCAACCAGUGGCCGGCGGCGGCGCCACACAAGGCGGAGCCGGGUUUGGUCCCAGACGGGGCCACCACAGCCUAAGCCGGUGAGCCGCUCGGGGAGAGAGGAUCCGCGGGUGGGGAGGGGGGCACAGACAGGCAGGGCCAGGGACCCCGAGGGCAAGGGCACCCGGGAGCCCGCAGAGGGGCGGCUCAGGGAGAAACCUCAGGCAAGGCCGGGCCACCAGGAAAACACGGCCACGGGAUCCCACCGCCACAGACACUAGGGAAGUCCCGUGGUGCCCCGCCUAGGACGCCGGACGGCCCUCGGCACCCACGGAGACCCGCCUCACGAGCCCAGGUCCCGCCAUGGGGAUCCAGAAGCGACUUCAGCCACAAACCCAACUCCAGGGCCACGUUGCUCGUUUCUGGUCCAUCCUCCGACCCGGUCAAGCUCUGGGAGACCGGCGCGCCCCCCACUUGGGACACUUCCCAUGGCCAGGCGGCCCAACGCCCUGCCACGCAAACGCGGUCGUCGGCACCGGUCGCUGCUCCUCAGGGGAGCGGGCGGAGAGCCGGCUCGCAGCGGAGCGGGUCACGAGCCGGACGGAACGCCGGGCACAGCCACCGCUUGCGCAGCCUCCCAACCGCUAGGACGCAGGCCCGGCCUGGCAGGAUCCUCCCCCGACUCCGAAGGGGGAGGCGCGGGCCACACAGUAGGCGACGAGACGCCCUCCGUCCCCACCGCUGAGAACUCAAGUCAAGAGAGAGUCGGUAAAAGACUCUCAGCAUUCUCUCCCGAAAGCAGUGAGGUGGAUGGCGGCGUGUGUCCCGAGCUCCUGUGGUUUCAGGUGACCACGCGUAGAGGAGAGAUUUCCAAUGUUUCCAGAGAGGCGCUAGCCGCAGUCAUUCGGGGCAUCCGAGCACGAGAUGGGGUUUCUGACAACGACUUAAGGGCCAGGAAGGGCCUGAAUCUGCCAAGGCCCGUGUCCCAGGGUGGGGUCGAUGGAACCCAAGGUAGAGGGAGUCAGCGGUCCGCACGGAGAGAGCUCCAGCCCUAG